AUGGCUGCUGGCGGCGAAGAACUGUGGCGCGAGUGCGCGUCCUGGUUGACGAGAUGUGGCUUACUGCGUCCGGACCACAAGGCAAAUUGGGAAACGAGUACUAUUCAUGAUCUCGCUUAUACAUUACGUGAUGGAGUCCUACUCUGCAACCUUCUGAAUGUUCUGCACCCUGGCUGUAUCGACAUGAAGGACGUGAACCAGCGACCUCAAAUGGCUCAGUUUCUUUGUAUGCGGAACAUUAAAGUUUUCCUACGGACAUGUCAUGAGAUCUUUGAGCUACGGGAAACGGAUCUUUUUGAUCCAUCAAUGCUCUUUGACCUUUCCAACUUCCACCGAGUUUUAUGUACGCUGGCAAAACUAAGUCAAUGCCCCAAGUCACUGGCAAAAAAUAUUAAGCCAUUCUCGGCGCAGAGAUCGCAAUCGGAAGAAGAUAUAUAUAAAGACCUACAGUCAGUUAGCGCGACCAUGUCGCUCGAAGCGUCCCAUUACACUGUCAAUGAGUCCCAAGAGAAGGCGGCACCCAAUGAUGUGCCCUGGGUCCAGUUCACCAUACCGAGCUCCACCUGCGAGGAAAGAGUGGAGGAGAUAUACGAGGACCUGUGCUAUGUCAAGUUCACGUCCGCCAUGCCUGAGGUGGCGAUCCAAUUCGUACAAUUAGAAUGCACAAAC